AUGAUUGGUGUCAGUAACAUUACUAAUAGGAUGGAUCCAGUCAGUUUGAAGUCCCGGGUUUUUGUCGGAAACCUAAAUACACUUCAUAUCCAAAAGCCCGAACUGGAAGCCAUAUUUUUGAAAUAUGGUGAUAUAAUUGGCAUUUCGGUACAUAAGGGCUAUGCCUUUGUCCAAUAUGCUAACGAAAUGCACGCACGGUCAGCAGUGCGUGGAGAGGAUGGAAAAACUUACUUUGGCAUGGAGCUAGACGUAACUAUAGCGUCUGAACCGAAAAACCGUAAACGUGGACGCCCUAAUGCCGGAAACACUUUUUGCAAUCAACCCAAUCUGAUCGAUCUAGCGCUGCAAAAUCAAGCACUAGCUGCCAUCGGCGGGCAGUUUUCUCAGCUGGGCUUUAUGAGUCACCACCAGCAGUGUCGCUAUAACAACACUAGCAAUAACAGUCCUUCAACAGUUGGGUUCAACAUGCCUGGUAUUUUCGGCAACCCAUUAUUGAAUACCGCUCCAAAAAUGCCAAAGCUAUCGUUUGCAGCCUCUUCACGUCCACCACACCAUCGUCGUAUUUCUCAUCCACAAUCAUCAGCUUCUACAGCAAAACGCACUCGGCUGGAGAAUCCUCAGGUUGGGUCCUCUUCUACCGGUAACAAUAGAUCAACUAAUCUCGUCCCUCUGAUUGCGUCGAAACGGGGAAGUGUCUCCCCCAAGUCCACCGCUUCUGGCGACUCGUCGUCGUCUAUUUCUAAAAAGAGAACUUCCAAAACCAACGACUCAGUCAUUUUGGACAAGCUCUCUGGCAUGACCGUUGACAAUGGCUUUGACUUGCAAUCAAUUACAUCGAGUGAGGGAGAGGAUACAACACGAGUUCUUGCUGCUGCGACGGCGGGAGCAUCACCGCCGACGACGACGACGACGACAACGUCGACGACGGUGUCCGUUACACCAGCUGUUGCUGCUGCCUCAUCCUCCUCUUCCUGCACCGGUGAGGACAUCCUCAUCUGCGGUCAGUGUCGCCGUCUCUUUGAUUGCGUCGACGUGCUUGUUGCACACAAGUCCACCGACUGCUGCUCGCUUGAUGCCAUUGCUGUCGCCGCUGCUGCCUCUACGCCGCAAUGUCGCUGCAAGAUGGCGGGUGAACCGGAUAGCAUGGACUGCGCCUACUGCGGAGAGGAGUUUCACAGCGCCUGGGAGCUCGUCUCUCACUGUCAAUCGUUGCAUAAUUUGAUUAUUUUCACUCUUUCCACCACCAAAUUGUUUUCCCCAUCUAUGAAAGAUGAGGAGGAAGCGGAACCGCCGAGUCCGCAGCAACCAGAAAUUGGGGAGGAGGAAGAACGUAAAUUGAAGGAGGAGGUGGUUGAACAGCCUUCGCAAAACGAAGAAAAUGCUGUGCAUUCCGAUGAAGACUACGAAGACGUUGAUGGAAUUGGUGGUUUUGGCAGCAGUGAAGAUACUAAAGUCCCUAUUUGA